AUGGUUUCCUUUGAAUUAAAUGAAGAAGAAUUUAAAAUUCUUGAAGAUUUAACAAAUGACGAAUUAAUUGCAUUAAGUAAAUUUAAAGAUUUUCCAAUUUGCAAAGAUAUAAAAGAUCAAUAUUUAUUAUUAUUUUUAUUUUCAAAGAAAUUUGAUUUAGAAAAAGCACAUACAUUAAUUAAAAACAAUUUAUUAAUAAGGGAGAAAUUAGAAAUUAGUUUACCAGUUGUUAAAAAUCAAGUUAAUCCAGAAUUGGCAAUGAAAUCAAGUAGUUUUAAUAUUAUUGGCUAUAGAGAUAAUAAUGGUUGUUCAAUUUCAUAUUUACAUCCAUCAAAAGCGAAACCAAAGGAUUUUACAUUAAAAGAAUAUAUGACAUUUUUACUUUGGUCACAAGAUCAAAGUGCACAUGAUCAUUCAUCAGUUCAUAGAAAUGGUAUGACAAUUAUUGAAGAUUUACAUAAAAUAUCAAUUUUUAAACAUUUUGAUUCAAGAUUACAAGAUUUUCUUAAAAAGAAUAAAUUAAAUGAUAUGCAAGAUGUUUUCAUUGGUAGAAUUCAAAAAAUUUAUAUUUUAAAUCCACCAUGGGUAUUAAAACCAUUAUUAUCACUUGCUAAAACUUUUAUGAAGAAUAAAUUAAUUUCAAGAAUUGAAAUUUGUAAAAAUGAUCAAAUCUUUACAACUAUUGAUCAAUCAAAAGUUUUAUUUGAAUAUGGUGGCACAUUAAAUUUAACAUAUAUUGAUUAUUUUAAUUCAUUACCUUCUAAUUUUUAA